AAGACUAUUCUCCUACAAGACUAUUCUCCUGUCGAGCUGGAUGUAAUAGUGGCUGCUGAUUCAGAUUGUCACCAUCUGCCACCUGUCUUUAACUACUUGCGGCAUCCAAAAGCGAUCGAAGGCCUUCUCCAGCCCAGCAACUCCAUUGCAAAGGAUCGGACUGUGCCACCUGAAAGCCGACCCGCGCUGGACGGAGAGAUAAAAGACAUUCGGUUCAACGCUUCCGCACUGGCUACCCGGAGCCUGCUCGACAGAAACCGACCGUCGUCCAAACGUGUCGUUCAGCAGUUGUCUCUUUUACCCCUCAUGCUUUCUCCUCCACUUGUCGCAACAUAUGGACGGCACUGUCUCUGCUACGGUCCAAGUAUCCAUACAACCCCCUCCGCCUUCAGGCUUUCGGUCCUAGCCGAUGAAACCUCCGCAUCGUCGGGCGUUUAUGACUUUUCACUCCAUCCCGCUGCUACCACUGGCGGGGCCCACGUUGUGAGAGACAGGGAGCGGAGGCUGUCGUCUUAG